AUGGGCAACACUGACCCCCCUCACAAGAACAGGAUCAAUGGUUAUUUGUNAUUUGGGAUUUGGCUAAUGGUUGGCCGUUUGAAAGCAAUAUGGGCAACACUGACCCCCCUCACAAGAACAGGAUCAAUGGUAUUAGGCCUUGGCUUCAGGUCGGUGGCGCAUUAUCUCAUUCAGAUCCAUCGUGUGCAUUCGGGUGAGAAUCCACUUCCUGUCAACAGGUCCUUGUUUGCAGAUAGGAAAGCUGACUCUUCUGAUGGAAUUCCCAAGCCCCAGUCUGAUGGCAACAAAUUAGAGAUGGAAGAGGAAAAUAGCAAACGUGAUGGCGGUGAUGGUGUUGGAGGUAAUGUUAAUUACGAUGAUGAUAGUGAUGAUGAUUAUGAGGAAGAUGAUGAUCACAGUGAAGAUCCAGUCAAUGGUGACCAUCUCUCGGAUCGGAUAUGACUACUGACUCUCAAUGGAUUGACGGAAGAUUUGAGGGAGAAAGUGUGAUUUGAACACUUUUAACUUUUUUGGGAACAUCAAGAGUACUUCAUUGUGUCCAGGCCUACAGGCAUUUUUGUAGAGGCACUAAUUUUGUAUAAGGG